AGCCGCGCGCGGUGCACCUGGAACUCGCCCAUGGCCGGCCGGGCUCCACGUGCGGCGCUGCCCCGGAAGCGGAAGCCGCGGGGCGGAGGGGGCGGGUCUCUGGCCGGGGCGAUGGUGCAGCUGGCCGUGCGCCGGGCGGCGGGCGGGGAGGCGGAGUGGCUGCUGCUGGAGCUGCAGGGGCAGCUGGAGGCGCGCGGCGGAGGCGGAGGCGGCGGCGGCGGCCUGGCCGGGCGGCUGUUGGGCGACCUGCACUUCACCCAGGAGGGAGCGCCGGUGCUGAUCGUGGGCCACCACGUGCUCUACGGGAAGGCGGUGCGGCUGGAGAAGGCCGUGGCCGUCCUGCGCAGGGGAGCCGCCGCGCCCGAGGACCCCCGCGGCCCCGCCGCCUACGAGGUAGCCGCGCUGAUCCGCACCAAGCUGCUCUUCAAGACGCGGCCCAAGCCCAUCGUCCCCAGCGCGCCCAAGAAGGCCUGAGUGCCCUGCCGCUCCCUCCUGGCGGCUCCUGGGCUUUCAGGUCGGCCUCUGGCCGCCCAUCUCUCUUCGGAGUCCAGAGCUUUGUCCGCGCUCUAGUUGGGACCCCGGUUCCUUAGCGGGAAAGAACGGGGACC